AAUGUUGCUAGCCCCUGGAUGUAGGUUGAAGAACUUUGUUUUGAAUCUGCUGCUGCUGUCGUAGUCGACGUCGUCGUCGUGGGAGGGUUGGUGGAAAAGGCGCGACGAAACCCUCUGGGAACCGCAGCGUUUUUGGCUCCCGAGGCUACUGCGUCCAACAUCGAGUGCGUGUCCGAGGAAAACCCUCCUCACAGCUGCGUGAAAACAAUGUCGUUUUUCAGUUCACGCGACCAUGAAGGCUACGUUGGCAGAGAGGAACAUAUGCGAAAGCUCGAGACGGCCAACUCGGAGGACGACACCGACAUGGUGGAGCUGGCCCUCGGAGGACUUCACAUCGCGGAAGGCGUUCGCCCUACCGCGGGUGGUCCAUUUUCCGCCCUCACGCCCUCGAUGUGGCCGCAGGACAUACUGGCGAAGCUGGGCCAACCGGAUCCGGACGAACCGCCGAACCACCAGCCCGACUAUCGCUUCGACGAGUUCGGGUUCCGGGUGGAGGAAGAGGACGGUCCGGAGCAGAGCUCGAACAAGCUGCUGAGCAUACCGUUCAUCGAAGAUCCGGCCCAGCGGCUGCAAUGGAUUGCCCAUCUCGAGUUUUCGCACAACAAGGAAGCGACCGAGCUGACGUGGGAAAGCGUAGACGUAGUGCUGCCCCGCACGGAAAAGCUCCGCUCGAUGGUGCGCGCCGGCAUUCCGCACUCGCUGCGCCCCCAGAUGUGGAUGCGGCUGUCCGGGGCGCUGCAGAAGAAGCUUAAGUCCGAAACGAGCUACCAGGACAUCGUGAAAGCCUCCUCGAACGAUCAGCUCAUGACGUCGAAGCAGAUCGAGAAGGAUCUGCUGCGCAUCAUGCCCACGAACGCGUGCUUCAGCUCGCUCAACGGGACCGGUGUGCCGCGGUUGCGCCGCAUUCUGCGCGGCAUCGCCUGGCUGUAUCCGGACAUCGGUUACUGCCAGGGGACGGGCGUCAUUGCCGCCUCGCUGCUGCUGCUGCUCGAGGAAGAGGAUGCCUUCUGGAUGAUGGCCACGAUCGUGGAAGACCUGCUGCCCGCGUCCUACUACUCCUCCACGCUGCUCGGCAUCCAGGCCGACCAGCGCGUCAUGCAGACGCUGAUCGGGAACUAUCUGUCGGCGGUGGACGACACGCUGAAAAGCCACGACAUCGAGCUGUCGCUCAUUACGCUGCACUGGUUUCUGACGCUGUUCGCGAGCGUCGUGCACAUGAAGAUACUGCUGCGCAUCUGGGACUGGUUCUUUUACGACGGCUCGAUCGUGCUGUUCCAGCUGACGCUGGGCCUGCUCAAGAUCAAAGAACCGAGCGUGAAAAAUUUGGAAAAUUCGGCCCAAAUCUUCAACUCGCUGUCCGACCUGCCGGGCGACAUCGACGACGUGGAGCAUCUGUUUGCGGUGUCGCUCGAGGUCGGUGGCUCGCUGUCGCCGAUGGUGAUUGAAACGCACCGCCGGCGCCAUCUCGCCUACCUGAUGGCGGACCAGGGCGGGCUGGUGGGCAAUCCGGAGGCGGCAGCGAACCUGCCCAAGCAGCAGCUCGCCCGCCGCCAGAUGAAAAAGUCCAAAUCCAUGCUGCAGACGAUCCUGUUCGGCAGCGGGGCCGAAGGGGAGGACGAGCUGAAGUGCAAAAACAUACGCACGACCGAGCAGCUGGUGGAUUUGCGCGAAGCGAUCCUGAAGGUGGCCCGCCACUUUCUCGCCAUCGAGCCGAAGCUGGCGGCACACAUCAAGCUCGUCGCGGACUACGGCAUGGACAGCCACGCGAAGGACCACGAGAACUACAUCAACGUGUCGCGGACGCGCAGCCGGCGGGCGAAGGCGCUGCACGACUUCGAGCGGCACGACGACGACGAGCUGGGCUUUCGGAAGAACGACAUCAUCACGAUCGUGAGCCAGAAGGACGAGCACUGCUGGGUGGGUGAGCUGAACGGGCUGCGCGGCUGGUUUCCGGCCAAGUUCGUGGAGCUGCUGGACGAGCGAAGCAAGCAGUACAGCUGCGCCGGGGACGACGCAAUCUCGGAGACGGUGACGGAUCUGGUGCGCGGUACGCUGGCCCCCACGAUCAAGCAGGUGCUGGAGCAUGGCAUGAAGCGGCCCUCGUUUCUCGGCGGCCCGUGCCACCCGUGGCUGUUCAUCGAGGAGGCGGCGACGCGCGAGGUCGAGAAGGACUUUGAGUCGGUGUACUCGCGCCUGGUGCUGUGCAAAACGUACCGGCUGGAUGAGGACGGGAAGGUGCUGACGCCCGAGGAGCUGCUGUACCGCUGCGUGCAGUCGGUCAACCAGAGCCACGAUGCGGCCCACGCACAGAUGGACGUGAAGCUGCGGUCGCUGAUCUGUCUCGGGCUGAACGAGCAGGUGCUGCACCUGUGGCUGGAGGCGCUCUGCAGCUGCACCGAGAUCGUGCAGAAGUGGUACCAGCCGUGGAGCUUCGUCUACUCGCCCGGCUGGGUGCAGAUCAAGUGCGAGCUGCGGCUGCUGUCGCAGUUUGCCUUCAACCUGAACCCGAACUGGGAGCUGCCGGCGAAGCGGGAAGCCGUCCAAAGCCAACCGCUCAAGGACGGUGUGCGCGAUAUGCUGGUGAAGCAUCAUCUCUUCUCCUGGGAUCUCUAACUGUCCGUUCGGCUGGCCGGUUUGCCCUGUGACUGUCCGCCCCUGUAUCCCCGCUGCCAGUGCAAUGUGAGAUUAAUCCAAUGUUUUAUUCUUUCUUUUCGUUUUUAAGUAGCAAUGUGUGUGUUUGUGUUUGUGUAGCGGGCUAACUUUUAACAUUUGCUUUUAAUUUCUGUACCAGCGAGGACGAAUACUUUUGUCCCGUGCUGUUGGUCCUCUCACAAUCUGUCUGUUUGUUUUUUGUUUUUAGCGUAAGAUAUUUUACCUUCCCCAGUCUCCCCGUUUUGUUUAAGUUGUUACAGCCUGAGAAUAUCGUUGAUUUUUAUUAAUUAGUUAUGUUUUUAACCAAAAACAAAAAAACAGUGAUUGCUUAUUGAUUCGCUUCCUUAUUUUCGGUACGCAAUAACAGUAUUACAAAUUAAAACUUGCUACUUUUGACUGCUCAGCACAAGCAAAAGCAGAAGCUCUGCAAUGGAGAAACGGAAAGAAUCGUAAAUGUGAGCUUUUAAAAUACAACCCCUCCCUAAAUGUCGCAAGACUUGCUAUUUUAUAUCAUUAUUUUUAACUCUAUUUUAUAGCAGCAAGAAGAAGCGGUUUAUUUUUUAUCAAGCACUUGAGCGUGUGUAACUGAAAUGGUGUGUUUGUAGUGUUGUACAAUCGGUUCGACGUUUCGUGUUCAAUCGGCCGAAAAAAGAGCUUCUUUGUUCUGUUCUGACCGGCCUGCAUCGUGGUCAGUUCCAAUCGCUGAUCGGUGAAACAUGGCUUCAAUCAAACCCCAAAAACCCCCGUAGCUAGACGAAGAUGGUAAACUAUUCGACUAUUCCAUACCUUAUAUAUAUAGAUGUGCGUGCGUGUGAGUGUGUAUUUUAUGAUGUAUGAUUGCAACAAUAAUACGGUUAAUGCUGCUAAUACGCAUUGACCAAGUACAGAGUUCAAAUAUUUAAGUGCUUCUCUGCCUUCUAAACCAAACGCUGGAGUCGACCGCUGGAGGAACGGAAAAUCAAAUAUACAGACAAAGAGACAAAACUGUACACACAAGUACUAUAUGUAUAUGUAUAUGCCUCUGCAACUAUACACACUAGCAAAACUGAAUAAAAACAAAUUCCAUUCUGUUUA